ACUUUUAAACAAAGCAAAAAUAUUUACGCUAAUUGUAGAUAAUAUCAUUAUUAUGCUAAUUGUAUAAUUAACUGACUAAUUGACAUAAUUAGAUUUUUUCACAAUUGAUAUAUUCUUUUACAUUUACCUCCUUUUAUUUUGAAAGUACCGGAUGUGUAUGUACGUUUUAAGGCUGCUCGCUUGACCGACAGCGGACUGCUUCUUCUCUGCCUCAGCUGAAGAACAAACCGACGCAGCUGGGUUUGCAUCAAGUAUCAACCCUUGACGCCUAAACAGAGGAAUUUACCAUCACUUCAAAUUCAACCGCAGCAUUUUUGCAGAGUUCAAUAGAAACAGUAGGCAAAUGAAAUAAGUGUCAACUCGCCGUAACCACAGAAACCCGCUAGAGGCAAAGAAGCCAAAACAAAACAUCAAAACCCGGCAAACAAAGAGGUCCUUUUUUCAACGCCAACAUUUUUCCGCCAUAUUCAAUAGUUAUGAGUCAUGUGGCCGUCGAAAAUGCCCACGGUCUAGAACAGCAGCUCGCUGUCCUAGACUUGAGUGCUCCAGAUGGACAAGGCGGAGGUACUAACAGGCGAUACAUUCCUCCACAUUUACGGAACAAAGACGCAUCCAAGAACGUGGGAAAUGCUUUUGCUGCUGGACGACCCGGGGGGUACACCAUAGCGCCUGCAGCAAACUACGGUUGGGACGCAGGGCGCAACAACUUUGUUAACGGCUACCAUGACAACCGGCAUACAAACCGUGGCCCGCCACGCAUGGAGCGUGGGCGAGGCGGUGUUGCGGGAGGCGGUUACCGUGGCAACAGGGGCGGGGCGUUCAACCCCAUUAACCCCGCGCAACCCAUAAGCUUCGAUGCCGGUGGCUGGAACACGGCCAAAGACGCCUACAGCAGCUUUGGCAACAACCGUGGAAAGUCUGCGUUCUUCAACGACAGAGGCAACGCCAGCAGAGGAAGGUUCGAUCACGGCGGAUUCAGUGGUGGCGGAGGAGGAAACAGCCGCUGGGUGGAGGAGUCCAGGGACGAUGGCGACUGGUCCAAGCCGCUGCCGCGUAACGAACGACUGGAGCAUGAGCUGUUCUCCGGCAGCAACACCGGGAUCAACUUUGAGAAAUACGACGACAUUCCCGUUGAGGCUACAGGACAAAACAGCCCUCAUCACAUCGAGAGUUUCCAAGAUGUCGACAUGGGUGAGAUUGUCAUGGGCAAUAUUGCUCUGAGCCGCUACACCAGACCAACUCCAGUGCAGAAAUACGCCAUUCCUAUCGUGAAAUCCAAGAGAGACCUCAUGGCCUGCGCACAGACGGGAUCUGGAAAGACGGCCGCAUUCCUGCUUCCAAUUCUCAGCCAGAUCUACACAGACGGACCAGGAGAAGCUCUGAAUGCAGCCAAAGCCUCAGGACAGGAAAAUGGGAAGUAUGGCCGGCGUAAGCAGUACCCCAUCGCCCUGGUACUGGCCCCAACCAGAGAACUGGCGCUGCAGAUCUACGACGAAGCCAGGAAGUUUUCGUACCGCUCCAGAGUGCGUCCCUGUGUGGUGUACGGCGGGGCAGACAUUGGCCAGCAGAUUAGAGACCUGGAGAGAGGCUGCCACCUGCUGGUCGCAACACCUGGCAGACUGGUGGACAUGAUGGAGAGAGGCAAGAUUGGACUGGACUACUGCAACUACUUGGUGCUAGAUGAGGCGGACCGCAUGCUGGACAUGGGCUUUGAACCACAGAUACGCAUCGUGGAGCAGGACACCAUGCCGCACAAAGGCAUCAGACAGACCUUGAUGUUCAGCGCUACGUUUCCUAAAGAGAUCCAGAUCCUGGCGAGGGAUUUUCUGGAGGAUUACAUCUUCCUGGCAGUGGGCAGAGUGGGUUCCACCUCGGAGAACAUCACACAGAAGGUGGUGUGGGUUGAAGAGAGCGAUAAGAGAUCUUUCCUCUUGGAUCUGCUCAGUGCUACAGGUAAGGACUCCCUGACCCUCGUCUUCGUGGAGACCAAGAAAGGAGCCGACGCCUUGGAGGACUUCCUGUACCGGGAGGGCUACGCCUGCACCAGUAUCCACGGCGACCGCUCCCAGAGAGACCGUGAGGAGGCACUGAACCAGUUCAGAUCGGGAAAGUGCCCCAUUCUGGUCGCCACGGCGGUUGCAGCUCGAGGUCUGGACAUCUCCAACGUGAAACAUGUUAUUAACUUCGACCUUCCAAGUGACAUAGAGGAGUACGUCCAUCGCAUCGGACGUACGGGGCGAGUGGGAAACCUGGGGCUGGCCACGUCAUUCUUCAACGACAAAAACGGGAACAUCACAAAGGACCUGCUGGAUAUCCUGGUAGAGGCUAAACAGGAGGUUCCUUCAUGGCUGGAGAGCCUGGCCUAUGAACACCAGCACAAGAGUAGCAACAGGGGGCGCUCUAAGAGGUUCUCUGGUGGUUUCGGAGCUCGGGAUUACCGCCAGACGGCUGCCGGGGGCAGCGCCGGCGGGUUCGGCGGGCGGGGAGGACGCAGCCAGCAGGGACACGGAGGAAACCGUGGCUUCGGAGGAGGUGGUUUCGGCAACUUCUACACAAGCGACGGCUACGGAGGAAAUUACUCCCACUCUCAAGUGGAUUGGUGGGGAAACUAGGUGUCUCCAUUCCAUCUCUACUCAUCUUUCUUUCCUCCUUUGACUCCUUUUCCAUCAUUUCUCCCCGACCAUGUCAUCCACAUCCCACCCGUCUCGUCACCUCUACUAUUCCCUGGAACCUACAUGCAUGUUAUUAAACUAUUUAUACUCAUUUAUAUAUCCCCUCCUUCUAGUCCCAGUCAGUCAUGUCUUUUAUUAGCUUUAGAUUCUCUCGUGCUUUCCAUCUUCAUUUUGUUCCCUUUACAUUUUUGAUCUCUCCUGGUAAAGGUGGCCACUUUUAUAAAGGAUUUUGUUUUGUUACUUCCUGACAAUGUUCGAGUUGUUCUCAAAGCCCCUCAUACAGGACGAUUUACAGACAUCUAUAGGCAGGGCAACAUUCUUUCUUUUUUUUUUAUUUAUUUUUUUAGUUUUGUGACCUUUAGAUUUGAGUUUUAGCUUCAUGUUUACCAGUCAGGCAGGCUCCCUGUAUAACUUUGUAUUUAAGCGCAUGGCCAUGUUGUAAAUCACCGGCCAAAAAAUUUUGUAAAACGCGGAGCUGGGCGAGACGGCAAGGCAAAAUGUCCGACAUAGGAACUUUAUGUUCUCCUUCAUUUCUGACCUGGAGUUUUUCCGCUUUUCAAAGCAUCAACAUUUGAGUUACUGAUGUCUGCCGAAGAAAACGACAAACCGAACCCACUGAACCCCCUAACCGGUGAAAUGUCAGUUUUGCCCACUAGUAGGCGCUUGUUCAAACUUGACUUCUUCAACUCCAACCAACAAUGUAGAGAAUCUUUUUGUUUCUGUACUGUGCCUUUAAGAAUCGAAACUCUAUGUAUGUUGCUUUUCUCACUAUAAUACCUAACUGGCUGCAAGUACAGUUUUUAAAGGUUCCUGUAUUUAACGUCAUGUGUGGGUUUAAACGCGCACUUCUUCAUUCCCGUUUGGACGGAGACAAACUAGGCUUGAACUAAAUCAAACCUUGGCAAAAAAACCUAAAAAGAAAACACACAAAACGAAAACUAAAACGGACGUAAUGAGCUGAAACUCCUUGUGUCCUCUUAGAGGUAGGACAAAAAAAAAAAUCACCAAAUGAGCUUUCCCUGAAGCUUAUAACCUCUGUAGAGACAUUUGAACUUUUUCUCAACUUGGUUGUAGGUUUGUUUUUGUUUUUUGUUUUUUGGGGGGGGGAAUACUUGUUUUUUUCGUGUCAAAUCCAGAGCUCAAACUCGAGCUAGCAGCUUGGCUUCCCACGGCCUUUGUCACUAAUUGUCGCCCUCCGGUGUCAUUAACUGAGCAAAAUCUGAUCCAGGAGUUUCUUGGUCAUGUUAAAGUCAAACAAAUCAACAAGACCUUAAAGCCCAAAAUUGACAGUUUUUUCUUUUUCCGACUCUUAGUGGCGCCGUGCUUUUGGGAAACUGAAUCUGCUUCCACCUCAAACGUCAGUCUUUGUUCUUAAAAUCUUCCUGCAACUCUCAAAAGUAAGUUAAAGGAAAAAUAAAAAACAUGCUCACUCUAUCCUGGAGAGUUAAACAAAAAACCUUAUCUUAAAUAAAUCUUUCCAGUUUUAUUUUUUUUAUUACUUUGUUCGGUCCUUCAAAUCUGUUGAGGUAAAGCAUUGGAAUUGAUUUUAUUUUAUUUUUUAUUUUUUUACUGUAGUGACAACUGGGGCUUCCAGACGAAAUGCUGCAUUUCCAGAGCACAUUAUAGCCACAGAGAGAGCAAAUUAUUGACUUUUUGUCCAAACUAAGCUACCAUCCUGCGGGUUAAAGGUCGGUUGAAAACAUCCUCACCUUCUUUUUGAGGCUCAAUUUAAGUGUCCGCUAAACCUUAACCCUGUCUUAACUGAUAAAGUUAAAGCAGUCUGAACCAGAGCUGCUAAAAUGUGCUGGUGGAAAAGCGGCAUCCCCGGGGAAGUCCUGCUUGGCUCUGUCGCAGAAGGAAAUCUCUAGGAGAAAGCCGACUCUGCGCCGACAUUAUCUGCACUUCGUUUACUUGAUUUAAAAAAACAAAAACAAAAAAACGACAAAAAAAACCCAAAAACAUGUAAAUAGUUGCAAACUUGAAGCGAAACCAGAGGGAUUUCCACAGAAAAUGUGACGGAUUAGAGGCGUGAAAAACUCGGAUCACUCAACACGGACCAGACUGUGUCUGGAAGGCUUUGCUCAGAGCUGCGGUGGAUGGAGAUGAGUAACGUUUCCAGCAGCAUAAUUCAUUAAUUUGGGCUCAUAACUUCCUAAAUUGCCCACUGCCUCUGACAAAGCCGGACCAAGACAAUAAAACAUAUGCAAGUGUUGUUGUUUUUUUGGUCAAGGAGUUAAAAAUGCAGAGCAGAUAUGCUCUAAAUCUAAAGCAGGCUUUAGUGAUAAAUACCAGACAUGUUUUAUUUUUGUUUUAUUUUUCUUCGGUUUCUUUUAAACGCGUAAUUCUUUAGCUCCAGUUCCCUCACAUCUGCUCUGCCGGGAUGUAAUGGAAACUAGUUGGCUUUAUCACGAUAAACAAGAGUUUUCCGCUGAGAAUAGAGGACAGCUGUUACAGGAUGCAACGUCGCACUCCACCUCGUCUUAUUAGUUGCUCUUUAUAUCCACUUAUUAAAUAAAUUAAAAAAAAAAAAAAAAAACAACUAAACUUAAGUUGCAUUCUCGGCUUCAUUUGUCAAAAAUAAAUAGACCUUAAUGAAGUCUGAUUAAAUUAAGAGCACCAACUCUUGGUAUGCUCGGAUGUUUUUAGCCUAUCAGGGUUUUGUUUUUCUCGCAGCAAUGGUUGAUAGUCUCCAUAUUAAACUUCUUCAGCAAAUAACCAGCACCGAGGUAGGAUCUGUAAAGGUACAAUAAGUUGCUAAUGACAAUCAAGUUUAAAAUUCCCGCGUGAGCAGAACUCUUUUCCGUUGCAUGUCCAGUCACUUAGUCGCCAUCUCGACAUGCAGAAGUUUUGUCAUGCAGCUGCCCGACUUCAACCCGUGUCUUCCACAAUGAUGAAAUUCCCAGAACCGAACCACUAUUGAGCUGUUGGAAAUGUCCUCCACUACCAACCUCGAACUUUGACCUUGCUGUGAGCGGUGUCACUGUUGAUAUAUUUGCUGUCGGAGUAGAGAUGCUGUUGGUGUUUGUUACUUGAAUCCAAAGCGGCUGCUGCGUCCAAGCAGACGUUCUUUAAACUUAUUGUUCUAAAUGCUUGGAUCACGUUCUUUGAGUACAGUGCAGGGUCUAGAAGCUGCUGUGCCUUCUACUGACCACUAGAGGGCAAUGAAGGAAUAAGCACUUUGUUGGCAGCUGCAUGUUUUGAUAUACUAAUUUUCUUUUAAAUUGUAAACAGUGGAAGUUAAAUGUUUAGCGUUUGUGUUUAUAGGCCACUCCUGUCCAAUAGAAGUCGGAUAUGCAAUGCAUGUGCGUCUCAUGAGCAAAAUUCACUGUUGGUUGCAUUUACCAAAUAAAUCAAGCUAGAGCAAUGCUUCACUACCACUGUGCCCCGAAUCUCAAACCUUAAUACUGCUUGGCACUCAAAUUUCUACCAAAGUGAAAUUAAUUUCUGUUGCUUGCUUAGAUUAUGUACUCGCAUUUCUUGAUUUUUAGUUUCAGACUUUUUUCUUGUUAUUUUGCUACAUUUAAAUACAACCGUUGGUAUGCUGCGCGCCAACGGACUGUCCAAUUUCCAAAACGUGCAUAGUGCCUUGUAAAGACUGAAUAACUGACUCACACAUUGGUUAGGGCUGGGUAUGUUUUCAGUUGGAUAUGACGUCCAAACUUAUUGCUCUCUCAAUAUGAAACUGUAGGUGUGUAAAUGUUAUAUCUCUGCAUGUGAAUGUCACAGAUUGACUACCUCAAGGUACGAUCGCAACAAGCAGAAGGGCAUUUAGAGAGCUCGCCAUCUUCAAAGCUGGUGAGUCUCAUUUAAUGCCUUUUUGUACAAAAAAAAAAAUAUAUAUAUAUAUAUAUAAAUUACUUUAUUCUUGUGUCGCCACUUUACAAAAUUCAAUGACUUUCAGUACUGGUAGGUUUUUCACUCGCGCUACAAUAAAGCAGCCGUUUGGCACAAGCUCUUUCAGGCACAAAUUAAUCCUGGUGCUGCUCAAGCGUGUAAAAUUAUUUCGUGCCAUUAAUGUUCCAUUUGAACAGAUUCUUGGCUUUCUCGCCACAUUUCUUCAGGGACUUUGGUCGUUCUUUAUAGUCCCAAUUGGAGUCGUACAAGGUCGACUCUUAGUGGCUCGCUAUCAUUUACAGCACCACUACCGACACAUCUAGCACUUUAAAAGAUUUCAACGCCUGCAAAUCCCAUGUUGUAUCGUUUGCUAAUUUGAAACUGCUAACAUGCUGACUGCAGUUCUUGCAAAAUGUACAAGUAUUGUGAGUUUACUCUUGACCUGUACCUAUGCAGAAGCCAUCGUAGGCAUUUAUUCCCCCCACACACACACACCCUGUUAUCGAGUGUGCGCGUAAGAUAUGAAUAUAGCGAAUUUAUCCAGAUCAUUUCAAGAACACUGUUGUUUUGUUUUGACUAAAACCCUUCUCAUUCCCAAAUCCAGCACUUUAAUUUUUUAUUGUCGUUUCUAAAACCCAUCGAUGCCUUAUAUUAGUGGUGAAUACCCAGCCCUAAAGGAGCAGAAGGUUGUUUGUUCCUGAUGCGCUCAUCAUUUACGCUGAUGACUCUGUGCCCUCUAAGUUAUUCGCAGGAGUGCUUUUUUUUUUUUUUUAAAGACAUGAAGAACAAUUAAUGGUGCUAUGCUCCCAUUGCUGCGGCCUGCAGGCCUCCCUGUUGUAAAAUGACUUUAAAUCAACAGAGUUUUGCAGAAAAUACUGUUUGGUUAAGGCUUGUUUGUGUUGAGUCUUAUGUAGCACACGUCCUUCACGCCUCUGAGAGGUUUUCCGACUGAAGGUGUCCGUCGUGUAGCACAGCCAGGCGAGGUUUGCCCACAGUUUAAUGUGGUUUGUGUUUGUUGCAAGGAAAGGUCCUUCCAGAUAGGAAACCGUUUUUAUUUUUAACUUUUUAUUUUCUUUGGGGAUUUUUUUUGUUUGUUUGUUUUUUAUUUUCAUGGGACCAGGUGGAGCUCCAGUCAACAGCAACUGUAGGAUUCAACUGUUUAGCCGUGUUCCUGAGUCUACUUUCGCUGCUAGUUUGUGUAACUUAUCAAGCAUUUUUGGGGCGAUAUGUUUAUUUUUGUAAGCCUAAAUACAUAAAGUUGAUGUUUUACAAAGUGACUUGACCAAAAGACAGUAAACAAAAACACUGGCACUUGAAUGUUGAAUGUCAUUGGUAUGAGUGGAGACAAAAAAAAAAAAGAAAUCUCUAUUUUUCUGGGGUAGUGUGAGCUUUUUAAUGUUAAAAAAAAGAUGCAAUGAGUGGGGGUUUCUCACUCAUUAUGUCACUGUAACAGGAAGUGCUAGUUUGUGCUUUCUUUUGAAGAGUGCCAAAAUCACUCGUUUAUUUCCAUACUUAAGACGGGAACCUGUGAGGCGUUCAGGUCCCUCCGAAGAAAUUCCUUUACUUUUUUCUUCAGGAUCACCCUAAAACCAAAGUGUUGAUUUCUUACCAUCGCCAUCUGUUAAUAUUAAAAGUCUUGGCCAGAGCCUUUUUAUUAUUAUCACAAAAAUUCUAAACACAAAAUAUCCUCCACUGUUAAUGAAAUAAAGUCACAAUUGUUCCAAGAACUGCGUCUAAGUGAAGCACUGGUCGUCGCGUUGCACGUUACCGUGACAUAUGAAGUGAAACACCCCGCACAGGUUACCUUAAGUCAUAUUUAUGAUCCAUCAACCUGUUUGUGCGACAGGCUCCGUCGCUAAUAUUCGCAUAAAACGAUCUCCGAUUGGCAAACGGAUUUGAAUAAGUUCCAAAUAUGCCAAGGUUUGGAUAAAAGAAUAAUAAAAUGUUAUGAUUAAAGACCAUUUUGUAAAAAAUAAAGUAACAUGCAGUACAAAAAAAGUAUCCAGAUUCUCUUCGUCAGUUUUACUUUUUAGGGACUUUUUUUUAAUUAUUAUUCUGGAAUCGUAACUCCCCUUCUCCCUCUUCUUGUUAAUACCCUCGUUGUGAAUGUUUGGCAAGUGGCCGUCUUUAAAGUCUCCAUCACGCAGAAUUGACUGUGGUUCUAUUGCUACGUUGUUGUGAUUUGCAUAUUUUCAGGCAACAAGUGCAUCGAUGCUGUCACAGGAGAGUUUCUGGCCAGUCAGGAAAAAAAAUUGACUUUUUUUUUUUUUUUUACUUUUUUUUUUGGUUCCUGUUUUUUUGAGCAAACUAAUUGCACAAAAACAACUUUGUUGUGACUUUCUCUGUUAAAAAACAAAAAAGACUGCAAUCUAAAUAAUAAUAAUAAAAAAGUGGGGGUGUGUUUCUGAAUGACUGUUGUUUUAGCGGGUGUAUUUAAAAGACUUUGGGAGUCCAGUGCUGUCUUCAUCACUGAUUGGCCAGACCGCUCGACGUGAUCUAGCAGAAGCACCAGCCUGGUAGUUAGUAUUUGCUUUAUGUAUUAGUUUAGCAAGUGUGCACGAAGAGCACUGCACGAAAAAAAAAAAUCUGUGCAACUAUUCCGAUUUUACCACAAUUAAAGGUUUGGAUUUGCAGAUGUGA